GGGGGGAGGGAGGAAAAACACUAAAGGGGUAGCUAUGGAGAUGGAGCGUUUUCCUGGCUGCUUUCUUUGACAGGUGUUGAGUGGGGCAAAAGUCUUAAAACAGAAUCCAGCAUGUACGCCAAAGGUAAAGGAGCUGUCGUCCCUUCCGAUAGCCAAGCGAGAGAAAAGUUAGCUUUAUACGUGUACGAGUACUUGCUCCAUGUCGGCGCUCAGAAAUCCGCACAGACCUUCCUGUCAGAGAUUCGAUGGGAGAAGAACAUCACACUUGGGGAACCUCCGGGGUUUCUACACUCAUGGUGGUGUGUAUUCUGGGAUCUGUACUGCGCUGCCCCAGACCGGAGGGAGACAUGUGAACAUUCCAGCGAGGCCAAGGCUUUCCAUGACUAUAGUGCGGCCGCUGCCCCCAGUCCAGUGAUGGGCAACAUGCCACCCAAUGAUGGUAUGCCAGGAGGACCAAUGCCCCCAGGCUUCUUUCAAGGCCCUCCAGGAUCACAGCCUUCUCCACACACACAGCCUCCCCCUCACAAUCCAAGUAACCCCAUGAUGGGCCCUCACGGACAGCCGUUCAUGUCACCACGAUACCCUGGUGGCCCCCGGCCCUCACUUCGAAUGCCAAAUCAGCCUCCAGGGAGCAUCCCUGGGUCACAGCCCCUCCUGCCAAACAGCCUGGACCCCACCAGACCGCAAGGACAUCCAAACAUGGGUGGUCCAAUGAGAAUGAAUCCCCCACGAGGGAUGGGAGGCAUGGGCCCGCAGAACUAUGGUGGAGGGAUGAGGCCUCCUCCAAACUCCAUGGGGCCGGGAAUGCCAGGCAUGAACAUGGGUCCUGGUGGAAGAGGUCCAUGGCCAAACCCUAACAACAACUCGAUAGCAUAUUCAUCUUCAUCUCCAGGGAACUAUGUGGGCCCUCCAGGGGGAGGCGGCCCACCAGGAACUCCCAUCAUGCCUAGCCCUGGAGAUUCAACAAACUCAAGUGAAAACAUCUACACAAUGAUGAAUCCCAUAGGUCCAGGUGGAAACAGACCUAAUUUCCCGAUGGGUCCUGGCCCUGAUGGGCCCAUGGGUGGAAUGGGAGCAAUGGAUCAACAUCAUAUGAACGGAUCAUUAGGUUCAGGUGACAUGGAUGGGUUGCCAAAGAACUCUCCCAACAACAUGGCAGGCAUGAACAAUCCACCCGGCACUCCUCGGGAUGAUGGUGAAAUGGCAGGCAACUUUUUAAACCCAUUCCAAAGUGAAAGUUAUUCACCCAACAUGACAAUGAGUGUGUGAUUUUUAAAAAAUAUAUUUUAUUUUAUUUGAUCAUCUCCCCUGUUCUUAAAACCCUCACCCAUCCACCCUGUUGCGUUACUCUUCUCCAUUGCCUCUCCACAUGGAUGGUGUGCUGUGCAACUCACACUCUGGGGAUGCCACUGGAACACAGGACCCUCAAGCCCCUUUUGUCAAAGCCUGUAAAAAGGAUGAGGAUAUAAAAGCCUGAAUCCCGGAUUACACAAAAGGAAAGUCUUCUCCCAUGUACUGGCUAGGACUUGCCUUGGACACUGAACCUCCUCAACUGUCCUUCCUGAUCCAUGCUCUGCCAUCAGGGCUGGCACUGGAGCCCAUUUCACUUACACUGACUUUGACUUUUGAGGGAAUGCAGUAGCUAACUGAAAACUGCUGCUGCUGAGUCAAGAAGAAAGUAUGGACUACUAAUGUUAUUUAGGACAGUGAUUUUCAUGAAUUGUUUCAAUGUUUGUUUAUUAUAUUGUUGAUAUAAUUUUCAUUAUUGUUAUUAUUGAUCUAAUGUAGUUAUUAAUUUCUGCCAAGGGCACAUUUUAUUCAGCAUCAGCAUCAAGGACAGAAUAAGCACACAGUUAAAAAUGCACAAUAAUUUCCUGUUUACAUAAAUUUAGUUAUUUUAUUAUAUCUCUUUGUAUCUCAGUAAGUCUGACUUAACAUACCUCUCCUAAAGCCUCCUCAGAGCUUGUAGCUUGCAUUUACUAUACUGUAUGUCUGUAGCACAAUAUUCUCAGAUCUUUAAACAUCUUAUCAUUCAUGGUGAAGUAAGCAAUUUUCAUUUCAGUUACAUAUUUAUGUGAAGCAACUUCACAAAUUACUCAUCAGAUAACCCCGUCAACAUGCUGCGUUAAGUGUCAAGAGUCUGAUAAAUUGCUAAGAUAGUAGAUGAGAUAAUUGACCUGUUGUGCAUCGGUAGAUUUUGGUUUUGUAUGUAUAAUCUUUUUUUCUUUAUGUUUUUUGUUUUGUUUUGUUUUGUUUGUUUUGUUUCUGAGAAAGUGGCUGGUCAAUUGUAAAAGAAAGUUCCUCCCUCACUAUUACUAUCUGAUUCUAAUUUGAACUAACUCAUACCCUUACAGGAGAAGCAAAUGGAUUUUCCAUUGUAUUUGCAGAUCAUAAUUGUUUUUUUUUUUACCAUACUACUAUGUUUUUAAAACUCAACAACUAGCCCAAGUACACAGGAACCUGGAUGGAGCUCUCGUACUGAUGGGACUUAAGUGUUGGACUUUGGGAUAUUAGACCACCACAUCAGCCAACAUGCAAAGGGCAAGACUUCCAUUUGGGCAUGGGGAUUCCUUGGACUGAAAUAUUUUUCAAAUGUCAGUUUGUGUCAGUCAUUCUGUCCCUGUUUCUGGUCCCUGUUUCAGCACUUAUUUUUUGACUUUGUUAAAACAAUCUACCUUUGUAGCCUCUGCAGAUACUGGUUCUAUAUUUAUCAAUUUUCUGAUAGAAAUGUGAACAGAUUUAUUGCUGAAGUUGAACAGGGACAUCUCCAGGUUUGGGCUGUCAGGCAAAUGAUGGCUUUUAAAGUAAUGACACGCACCACCCCUUCUUUACCCACCUAUCCUCAGCUCCUGAAUGCCUCUACCCUAUUCUUUAAUUUUGUAAAUAAUGUAUAAUGCAUUUUGAUAUCAUUGACAUGUUUUGAUAUGUCAGUCACUACCAAUGAAUACAGCGCAGAGUAAAUUAUAAAUAAAUGUCAUUUUUUGCAUAGAGAAGGAUGUGCUGACUAUUUGGCAGACUUUCCUAAAAAAAUGUAUUGUACAGUGCUGCAUUAACUGCUGACUGUAUGACGUGUAUGUUGAGUACGGGACAGAGAGAGGACAGAAGUGAGGGAGAAAAAGGUGCACAACAUGUCCUCCAUCUGCCCUUGUGUCUUUGUAAACAUUGUGCUUGGUAAACGAGCAACAUGUGACCUCAAUUUUUUUAAAUGAAGGAUUUUUAAGAUGGAUUCUAAAAAAAAUAUCUCUUAAAAUUUAUAGCACAAAAAAGUUAGAUUUUUGUAGGACAGAUUGUGUCCUUGGCUUUGUGAUUCUCAUAGACAUAAUGAUGGUGUAUAAAUUUAACUCGCACCGAUCCUCUCUCAGUCCCGUGAAUAUCGAUUGUCGGCCAUCUCUGUACUUCUAUUGUGAUGUAUAAUACUGUACCAUUGGGAAGAUUUGCUGGCGGGGUGGUGUGAUUAUGUUGACUCUGGGAUGGGUGGGUUUAAAGGGAGGGGGAUAUAAAUGAUUCUCCUGUACUGUUCAUGGUCCUUUCUAAUGACACGGCAGUAUUCAAUAUGAAGCAGUCUGUCUCUUGGGUUUGCUUUGUAUUUCAUGGUAGGAUAGUUCAAAUCUUGUCUUAGGGACUUAGGUGUCUUGUCUAGUUAAUAAAGAUGUUCUUUGUAUGUUUCUUUAUAAUGUAAAGUUUCUUUAGACUGAAAGAAAAACAGAUAAUUUGCUUAUCAAAAAAGAAACAAUGCAUCAGUAAUAAAUGUCAUUUGAUUUUUUA